AUGGGACAAACAAGUGGAACAGGGGACAUAGCCUUCAUGGAGAUUCCCACAACGAGACAGGCAAGGGGUAAUGGGGAAGUAGCCUUCUUGGAGAUUCCCACAAUGGGACAGGCAAGGGGUACUGAGGACAUAGACUUCUUGGAGAUUCCCACAAUGAGACAGGCAUGGAUUACUGGGGAAGUAGCCAUCUUGGAGAUUCCAAUAAUGGGACAGGCAAGGGGUACUGGGGACAUAGCCUUCUACGAGAUUCCCACAAUGAGACAGGCAAGGGGUACUGGGGAUGUAGCCUUCUUGGAGAUUCCCACAAUGAGACAGGCAAGGGGUACAGGGGAAGUAGCCUUCUGGGAGAUUCCCACAAUGAGACAGGCAAGGGGUACUGGGGAUGUAGCCUUCUUGGAGAUUCCCACAAUGAGACAGGCAAGGGGUACUGGGGAUGUAGCCUUCUUGGAGAUUCCCACAAUGAGACAGGCAAGGGCAAGGGGUACUGGGGAUGUAGACUUCUUGGAGAUUCCCACAAUGGGACAGGCAAGGGGUACUGGGGAAGUAGCCUUCUUGGAGAUUCCCACAAUGAGACAGGCAAGGGGUACUGGGGAUGUAGCCUUCUUGGAGAUUCCCACAAUGAGACAGGCAAGGGGUACUGGGGAAGUAGCCUUCUUGGAGAUUCCCACAAUCAGACAGGCAAGGGGUACUGGUGAUGUAGACUUCUUGGAGAUUCCCACAAUGGGACAGGCAAGGGGUACUGAGGAUGUAGCCUUCAUAGAAAUGUUCACAAGGCGACAGGGGAAACUGGAAAAGCUACCACAGGCUCAUUACAACCAGUGA